AUGAGUAUAGGCGCGGCGUUCAAGAACUUUAGUAUAGGUAGUAAGUCCCGGGAACCGUCGAGGAUACGGGAGCCGACCAGUCAGGGACCGGUAAUAGACAAGAAGGAAAACAAGCAGCAAUCGAUCGUCGUCGAGCAGUCGGAGAAAGAGCGUCGAGCAUUCGUCCCAGACGCAGACGCAGCCGCCGCCGCCGCCGCCAGCGAUGCCGAAGCUGGAACUGCCCAGCUUUGGACUGGGAGAUUCCCUACUAGGAUCUCCACCGGGCACAUUAUCGGGUUUAGGAAUACUCUCGCCGCCGGGGACGUCAUCGGGUCUUCCUCCCCCGCCCGCAGGAGGAUCGAUGUCAGCGCCGGGAACCUCGUACGGCUUCCCCAACAUGGAGACGCCGCCGGAGACGAGCAGACCCGGUUCAUCCGGGUCAUAUCAGACUACGGCCGCCAAGCCCAGCAGGUUGGAUCGGACGAUCUCCGGGAUGAGUCUGUCCAGGCCCAGGAAGAGUAUAAGCCAAGAGACCUCUCCCCUAGACGCGGACUCGUGACCGGGAACUGGGUUAUCAAUGUAGUCGCCGCAGCAGCCGCCGCAGCAGCCGCAGUUCGCGGUGAGACCGGAUCCCAGCCCGGCGCUCAAGUCAAGAAUGGCCAGCUUCAACAAGCACGAACCGGAGACAGCGACGCAGACGAGGAUGGGAAGAGCGAUGUGAUACGGAUCAUGUUUAUGUUGCAGGGUUUAUUCUUUAAGUCGUCCCUUUAUACCCUGCGUGCCUGUCUAGACUUCUCAUGCCUCAAGUGUCUACUUGGUUGCGAUGUUGGCUCACUCAUGGUGUUGGCUUACUGUGAGCACCGGCUUACUGGUGAGCCCGUGCAUGCAGCCAUGUUCCUGCAAAAGGAUACAAGUAACCGAAGCUGGCAGUUCGGUCGCUUAAGUGGUCUUAUAUAG